AUGUCUUUACCGCCUAACUUAGUCGAUCUUCUCCAAAUAGCAACAAUUACUGACGCACUAUCUGAAGAGUAUCUGCUUAUGAUUGCUACUGUGUCUUAUGUUAAUGUCCCAGGGAAAAAAGACCUUUUUCUCCUUCUUGUGUUGGAAUUGUACCACGACGCACCGAAGAAAUACUUCGAGAUGCUUACGAUAGCUAUGAAAAAGAGCUUUCCACAGUGGAUACAAAUACUACCGCACACUCUCAAAGAGAACAACGCCGAGGACAACCAGUCUUCAAGAUCUAGAUUGUCCACAAUCUAUGAUCCUCUUGCCAGUCGAGUUAGCACGCAACUUGUUGAGCAAAUUGACCGAGAUGUUAAUGAGAAGAAGAAGAACAGUUCUCUGUUCAGGUUCUAUCUGCACUGCUUAGAAUACCAUUUACAUCGUCGGUAUUUCAUGUUUUGGGGCAUAGAUGGAUUGUUUGGCGGCAUACAUGAUAUGUCUCCAUUCAUCAGUGGUGUCAAUCAGGCAAUUCGUGAUGCUAUUGAUAAGUGUCUUGACAAUAUGGCGGAUAGACUGAGGACAUUUUUCGCACAAGUCUAUAGAUUGUCGGGAGGAGUUCAGCUCCAAGACAUCUCCUGGGAAAAUACGGAUAUACUCCUACUCUAUGGAGUUUCUGGCUCUGGAAAGACGAGAAGCAUCGAGGGCCUUCUUCACGAACACUGGGGCUACUAUCUUCUGCCCGGUAAUCUCAGUCUGAAUCAGCAACGUGAUUGCGAUAACUUGUACGACCCUCUACGGGGGGGAUAUUCAAGAGAUUCGUGCUUGCUAUGGCAGUUGAUCGAGAAUCUCGGCAAUGUUGUGCCUGGGAUGGAUAUCCGCAAAUAUUCAAUUACGGAGUGGUCUCGCCGUCUUAUACUAUCACGUCAUUUGGUGUUCGACAAGUUCCUUGAAGUUGCCUCAAAAAUACAUGGGGCUGACACGCCUGCGAACUGGCUAAGGUUUCAGAAGUCUUGUUCUACUAUUGAUCCUUUCGAGACAAUAUUCAGGCUACUGUUACUAGACAAUAGUUGGGAAACUCACUUGGGCUUGAGCAACCAUAUGACCCGUGUGGACAAGGUGCUUAGAGAGAAGACUUUCAUUUAUUGCCUUGAUGAAGCGCAGUGCUAUCUCGACACCCUUGUUCCCAUCGGAAAUUCGAAGACAAGAAACCUUUUAAAGGUAUUUUCUGAUGUCAUUUCAAUCGACUCUAGGCGGCGAUAUCAAGACCAGAGAUACGUCGUCUCUGGAACAUCUCUGAAGUUGAAGGAGACAAUCUCAAUUCUCGAAAGCACUCAACAAUUUCCCAAACGCGGACUACGAGUUUGGCCCGGGCGUUUGCUCACCACAUGUAAGACAUUUACAAAAUUCCCACUCCUCACAAAUGGCGACCAACUAGCGAAACUGAUCGAAGAGGAUGGGCUCAAUCGGAAAAACGAAGAGGAUGGGCUCAAUAAGAAAAUCAAAGCGAAUCCGGAGGUGUUGAAUCUCAUCAAGGAGCAUGGUAUUCGGCUGCGGGGACGAUACUUGUGGUCAGUUCGAUAUGUGGAGCAUCUGAAAGGCCACGAUAACUUGGAUUCGACUGCCAUAUCUACUGCCGCGGAUAGCGCUAUGCGGGAAGCUAAGGAGUCCUUGAAGAAGAGACUAUCUCGGCUCCGGAGAGACAAUCACGACGCCAUCUUACAGGAGCUGUGCUGGGUUGUCAUUCAAAGCGAUCUUUUAGACAGGCCGACAAUCUUCGAAAAGGACGAGGAUCAUCAAAUGAUUACGGAAGCAUUUGCCGUAGUCGAGACGCAUGGAGAAUCUCUAAAAGGCACCUUGAAAGAGUAUCUUGCUAUGGACGCGGCCAAGGAGUGGUUUCGAGAGGAGAACAAAGAUAUGUAUAAUGACAUGUUCAAAAAGUAUUUACGGUUCUCAACGAACGAUGCAGCAUCUUUUGGGAAAGCUGCAGAGUGGUUUUUAGCAUUGGAAUUGUGGAAUUGUCUACAUCAUUCGGAUCGCAUGACUGGGUCAGAAGGCGAAAAACGUCGUGAAGAGAUUUUGGAAUUUCUUUUCGAGGCUGGUGAAGACGGCAAAGAGCACAAAGCAUCCACAUACCAUCUGGUCGAAGGAAGAAACAUUGGUUAUUCACACGAUAGAAAUAAGAGCUUUCAUAGCAGUGGGAAAAAUGAAAAUCCCAAUUCUGGUUCCGUUGUUCCAAUAUGGGAAUGGAUGAAAUCGAUCCGGGAAAAGGAUCCCACACCAAUUGCUAGCUUCUACUUCCCUGAUAAUUAUUGUGGACCAGACAUCGUAUUCUCGUUGGAACCCACAGACAGCUCCGAACCCCGAGUCUUGUGUGUUUUGCAGCUGAAAACGGGGGCUGUGGAUGACAUGGGGAAAGCGAUUCGGACGACAGAUUUAUGGAUGUCUUAUGGAGGGGGCAGAUGA